GAGACAGAGGCACAGAGAGAGACGCAGCAAGAGAGCGAGAGCGCGCGAAUGAGAGAAAGAGCCGAUCAGUCUUCCGGAAGCUCCUUCCCCGCUUCUCUGUCUUCUUCCUCUUCCUCCUUCUUCACCGCAGGCAUGUUUGCUUGAUUGCUUGCAAGGGCAAUGUGAGCUCCCUGUACUGGAAUUAACUAUAUUCGAAAGGGCGUUCGAGCGUGUUGCUGUCGCUGGCGACCGAUUGCAUUCCGUCUUUGUGUUCCAUGUACUGUGCAAAUUGUUGAGGUCUCGAUCUGCAUCGGCUGUGGCUGUCGUUUGAUCGGGGAAAAGAAGUGGUAGUGGGAUUGUGGCGAGUCUAAGUCGUGCAUAGCUGUGGAGCUUUCUGGAGCUAAGGAGGGAGCGGUCGAGCUUGAGGGGCUUCGCUUGGACCAAAGAUGUCACUCUUGUUCAGUGUAUCUCAAGUCUAAAAAGACGAUAUUGUAACCAGCACAAUGAGCAGCCGUGCCAGCCGAACGAUUUAUGUCGGAAACCUUCCCGGUGAUGUGAGGGAGCGAGAAAUUGAAGACAUUUUCUACAAGUAUGGACGAAUUGUGGAUAUCGACUUGAAGUUACCUCCUCGUCCUCCUGGUUACUGUUUUCUUGAGUUCGAGGAUGCCAGAGACGCUGAAGAUGCAAUUCGUGGGCGCGACGGAUACAACUUUGAUGGAAAUCGGUUGCGGGUGGAAAUUGCCCACGGUGGACGAGGGCCUCCGCCUGCAGUAGAUCGUUACAGUGGCCACAGCAGUGGUGGUGGGCGAGGAGGGGGAGGAGGCGGAGGGAGUGCGGCUGAAAGCGGCGGUCGUGCAGGAGGGGUCUCUAGGCGCUCAGAGUAUAGGGUGAUGGUGACCGGAUUACCCUCGUCUGCGUCAUGGCAAGAUCUGAAGGAUCACAUGCGCAGGGCUGGCGAUGUGUGCUUCGCCCAAGUCUUCCGUGAUGGUUCUGCUGGAACAAUGGGCAUUGUGGAUUUCACCAACUACGACGAUAUGAAAUACGCCAUUCGGAAGUUGGACGACUCAGAAUUCCGCAACCCAUUUUCUCGUUCUUUCAUUCGGGUGAAAGAAGAUAAAGGUUACGGAUCUCGAAGGAGCGUCACUCGAAGCCGUUCACCACGUAGUCGCAGCCGUUCUCGUAGUAAGACUCCCCGCAGCCGCUCUCCUCGGUCACGUUCUCGGUCACCACGGUCUGCGACCCCUGCAUCUAGGUCACGUUCACGUUCCCGCUCCGUUCGCUCACCCUCCAAGUCAAGAUCACCCUCCCCUGUACAGGGAUCUCCUUUAAGGAAAGAUAGUCGGAGUCCUAGCUUGAGUCGAUCGAAGUCUCCAGUUGCUGUGGCAAAUGGAAAGAGCUCUAGUGAUGCCGAGAAAAAUGGUAGCUUGAGUCCGAAGGCUGGAGAUCUGAACGGUCGGGUUUCUGAGCGCAGUGUUUCUCCUGUGUCGGAGAACGGAAAAGAAUGAUAGUAUUCUUAGCUGUGUGGCCUCUGAAGGUGUAGUGUUUGGAUAAGUACACACAUUAUAAGAGCUUCGGCUUUGUUUCGCAUUUGGCCCAAGUUACUCGUUCUGUCUUUCGGUAGGGGCAUCAAAUUUUCAUUGGACAUUCGGUGGACUAGCUGGGUUUAACCUGUAGAAUAUGUUCACUAGCAUGUGUAGCAGUGAUUUCGGGUAGAGUUUCAGCAUUUGAAUGUUCUUGCGUGGUCAUAUACCCAAAUGUGCAACAAGGAUUCUAGACACAUAAUGUUGUGGAAGGUGGUUUUCAUGAGAGUAGGGUAGUUGUUUUGGGUAGUGCAUGAAUAUAUACAACAUUAAUGGAUGUAAGGCAUUUGAAUGGCCACAAGUCUAAGAUUAUAAUAAUUGAGAUAUUAUAACUGAAUGAUGAGAAUUUAACAGU